CGACGCAGAUCGAAAUUUCACUCUAACCUCACAUUUUUUAAAAUUAAAAAAUGGGAACAAACAAUAAAAGAACAAUAUACGUUGGUGGUUUAGCCGAAGAAGUCGAUGAAAAAAUUUUAAACGCCGCCUUUAUACCGUUCGGCGAUGUGGUCGACAUUCAAAUUCCCUUGGACUACGAAACCGAAAAGCAUCGUGGCUUCGCGUUCAUCGAAUUCGAAUGCGCAGAGGACGCCGCCGCCGCAAUCGACAAUAUGAACGAUUCCGAAUUGUUCGGGCGUACCAUACGUGUUAACUUGGCGAAACCACAACGCAUUAAGGAGGGAUCGACUCGACCAGUUUGGGCCGAAGACACUUGGUUACAGCAGCACGCCGGUGAGACUCUGAAGGGUUCGGAGACAGAAGGAGGGACAACCGAAACGAAUUCCAUCGAGAAAACCAGGGAGCAGAAGAAGCUUAAAAAUCCUCAGGUUUACUUUGAUAUUAAUAUUGGCAAAACUGAGGUGGGCCGUAUAACGAUGAUGCUACGGGUGGAUGUUGUGCCACGUACUGCAGAAAAUUUUCGGUGCCUUUGCACACACGAGAAGGGCUACGGGUUUCAAGGCAGUACAUUUCACCGCGUUAUUCCAGACUUUAUGUGCCAGGGAGGUGAUUUCACACACCACAAUGGGACUGGCGGAAAAUCGAUUUACGGUCGGAAGUUUUCUGAUGAAAAUUUCAUUUUGAAGCACACAAGCGCCGGGACAUUGUCGAUGGCCAAUUCCGGAGCAAACACUAACGGUUCCCAGUUUUUUAUUUGUACAGCGAAGACAGACUGGUUAGAUGGAAAGCAUGUGGUCUUCGGGCACGUAAUUAGCGGAAUGGAUGUUGUGAGACGGAUUGAACGUUGUGGUACAAAAUCUGGAACUCCCACUGAGAAGAUUACGAUAGCAGCGUGUGGGGAGAUUCAAUAAACUUUAAUUGUGUAGAGCAAAUUUAUUGCGAUAUGUGGAAUAUAAUCAUUUUUUUUA